AUGUUCGACUCGCUGGUGCUGCUGGUGCAGAAAGUUUUCCAGCUGGCACACUUGGAUCUAUCCAGCAUCCUCCCGGCGAGAUCGGACAAGCCGAGGCGCACGGAUUGCGGCACCGCGGAGCUCGCGGUGCGCCCGGAGCGCGGAGAUCUGCUCGAAGUGCCGCGCACACUGUUCGUGCAUUUCGGGAUCUAUCUGGGCGACGGUAAGGUGGCACAUCUCAUGCCCGACAUCCUCCCGGUACUGACUCGAGAUGAGCGCUGGAUUAACUCGGUGGUGAGCAAUAAGCGUCUGCUGAUGGGCGUGCUGUACCGACGCGCCUCGGUGCGCGUUGACUGCCUGGAGGACUUUCUAUACGGCGCACCGGUGGUGUGCGUCAACGCCAUGGACGCUAAACUGGGAAAACAGCCCCUAGCCAACGAGGUGGUAGCACUCAGGGCUGAGAAACUAGUGGGUGAUAUUCCUUACAGCCUCAUGUGGAACAACUGUGAGCACUUCGUCACGUACUGCCGCUAUGGGACCGGUGUCAGUCAACAAACAGAUAAG